UCUGCAGAAACGAAAGUGAGACGGAGCCGUUGCACCCAGCUCGCCCGCCGCAGGGGGUGCUACCUGACCCCGCUACCGAGGCGCCCCGGUGUCCGCGACGGGGAGGCCGGGCCGUGGGGAGGGGCCGCCUCCGGGAGGGUCGCCCGCGCAGGGACAUGGCUCGGGGGCGCCUUGGGCCGGAGGCAGGGGUGUUCCCGCCACAGAUACCACCCCAUCCAGUUCCAGGCUAUGAGUACAGCCAGCUCAGACACCAGCAGCAGCCCGGGCCAGAUAGUUUCCAGCUCCAGCAAAUACAGUUUCUCACGGGGCAGCUCCCAGAAGCGCCCGUAAUUGGAAAGCAGACACCCUCACUGCCGCUGGCCCUCCCUGAACUCUUGCCAAGGUUUCCAGGACCACCUGCCAGAAGCAGGCAACUGGAGAGUGGGGGUGUCCCCAGGAGUCUCAGAGAUCAGGUGCUCUGGAGAGGCCUCCAGCAUCCUUCCCCACAUGGCAGGAGUCUGCCAUGGAGAGGUGUUGAUAGGCUUUCCUCCCGGUUCCAGGCUCUGAAUAUCGGCCAGGAUCAGGAACAGAAGAUCUUAGAGCUCCUGCAGGAGCUUGGGGAAAGGAAGGCCACCACAGCACAUGAUCUGGCUGGGAAGCUCAGAGCCCCAAAGAAGGAGGUCAAUCGAAUUCUGUAUUCUCUGGCAAAGAAGGGCAAGCUACAUCAAGAGGCAGGAACGCCCCCUUUGUGGAGGAUUGCGGUCUCGGUUCAGGCUUGGAACCAGCCCUGCCAAGUAGCAAGAGCACAGAGUCACAGCCAGGAAACUGCCAACUCAGACCCCAGUUUGGAAACUGAAUACGGAAGCCCCACACCUGGCUUGGAAGAACCUCUUGAGCCUUUUGACAUGGCUGAGAUCAAGGAGAAAAUCUGCGACUAUCUGUUUAAAGUAAUCAAUUCCUCUGCCCUGAACUUGGCGAAAAAUAUCGGCCUUACCAAGGCCCGAGAUGUAAAUGCCGUGCUGAUCGCCUUGGAAAGGCAGGGGGAUGUCUACAGGCAAGGGACAACCCCUCCCAUAUGGUAUUUGACUGACAAGAAGCGAGAGCGGCUACAAAUCAAGAGAAAUACACACAGUGUUUCGGAAACCACUACAGCUGCUCUUCCGGAGACCAAGAGAAACGCAGAGCCCCCCACCUGUGACCUACCCGGCCCAGAUGCCUCAGCCAGUGCCGUAACCGUGGAAAAAGUAGAGAAUGGGCAGGAACCUUCCCCGGUCGUGAAGUCAGAAAGUCGGCAAGAGGCCACACCAGAACCAAUGAAACUGAAACCACCUGUUCAUGACAAUGGCCCCUCAAAAACAGGGUAUGUUGACUUUGAAAAUGGCCAGUGGGCCACCGAUGACAUCCCAGAUGACUUGAAUAGUAUCCACGCAGCACCAGGUGAGUUUCGAGCCAUCAUGGAGAUGCCCUCCUUCUACGGUCAUGGCUUGCCACGGUGUUCACCCUACAAGAAACUGACAGAGUGCCAGCUGAAGAACCCCAUCAGCGGGCUGUUAGAGUAUGCUCAGUUCGCUAGUCAGACCUGUGAGUUCAAGCUGGUAGAGCAGAGUGGACCGCCCCAUGAACCUCGAUUUAAAUUCCAAGUUGUCAUCAGUGGCCGAGAGUUUCCCCCAGCUGAAGCUGGCAGCAAGAAAGUGGCCAAGCAGGAUGCCGCUAUGAAAGCCAUGACAGUUCUGCUCGAGGAAGCUAAAGCCAAGGACAGUGGAAGACCCGAAGAGUCGUACUACUACCCCACAGAGAAAGAAUCCGAGAAGACCGCAGAGUCCCAGCUUACCACCCCGUCAGCAACAUCCUUCUUUUCUGGGAAGAACCCCGUCACUACCUUGCUUGAGUGUGUGCACAAGUUGGGGAGCUCCUGUGAAUUCCGCCUCCUAUCCAGAGAAGGCCCUGCCCAUGACCCCAAGUUCCAGUACUGUGUUGCAAUGGGAAACCACACUUUCCCCACGGUGAGUGCGCCCAGCAAGAAGGUGGCAAAGCAGAUGGCUGCAGAGGAAGCCAUGAAGGCCCUGCACGGAGAAGCCACCAACGCGACGCCUUCUGAUAACCAGCCCGGAAGCACGAACGCGGAAUCAUUUGAUAACUUGGAAUCUGUGAUGCCCAACAAAGUCCGGAGGAUUGGCGAGCUUGUCAGAUACCUGAACACCAACCCCGUGGGCGGCCUGUUGGAGUACGCCCGCUCCCAUGGCUUUGCUGCCGAGUUCAAGUUGGUUGACCAGUCCGGACCUCCUCAUGAGCCCAAGUUUGUUUACCAAGCGAAAGUUGGGGGUCGGUGGUUCCCAGCCGUCUGCGCGCACAGCAAGAAGCAAGGCAAGCAGGAAGCGGCAGAUGCGGCUCUCCGCGUCUUGAUUGGGGAGAACGAGAAGGCAGAGCGCAUGGGUUUCACAGAGGUAACCCCAGUGACAGGGGCCAGUCUCAGAAGAACUAUGCUCCUCCUCUCAAGGUCCCCAGAAGCACAGCCAAAGACACUUCCUCUCACUGGCAGCACCUUCCACGACCAGGUAGCCAUGCUGAGCCACCGGUGCUUCAAUGCUCUCACCAACAGUUUCCAGCCCUCCCUGCUUGGCCGCAAGAUCCUGGCAGCCAUCAUCAUGAAGAAAGACUCUGAAGACCUGGGGGUCGUGGUCAGCCUGGGGACAGGGAAUCGCUGUGUGAAAGGGGAUUCUCUCAGCCUAAAGGGAGAAACCGUCAACGACUGCCAUGCAGAGAUCAUCUCCCGGAGAGGCUUCAUCAGGUUUCUCUAUAGCGAGUUAAUGAAAUACAAUCCCCAGACUGCAAAGGAUAGUAUAUUUGAGCCUGCGAAGGGAGGAGAAAAGCUCCAAAUCAAAAAGACCGUGUCGUUCCAUCUGUAUAUCAGCACGGCCCCUUGUGGGGAUGGUGCCCUCUUUGACAAGUCCUGCAGCGACCGUGCCGUGGAGAGCACAGAUUCCCGCCACUACCCUGUCUUUGAGAAUCCCAAACAAGGCAAGCUCCGCACCAAGGUGGAGAAUGGGGAAGGCACUAUCCCAGUGGAGUCCAGUGACAUUGUACCGACCUGGGAUGGCAUUCGGCUUGGGGAGAGACUCCGUACCAUGUCCUGUAGUGACAAAAUCCUUCGCUGGAAUGUGCUCGGCCUGCAAGGGGCACUGUUGACCCACUUCCUGCAGCCUGUGUAUCUCAAAUCUGUCACACUAGGUUACCUUUUCAGCCAAGGGCAUCUGACUCGUGCCAUUUGCUGUCGUGUGACAAGAGAUGGGAAUGCAUUCGAGGAUGGACUGCGACAUCCCUUUAUUGUCAACCACCCCAAGGUCGGCCGAGUCAGUGUAUAUGAUUCCAAGAGGCAGUCCGGGAAGACCAAGGAGACAAGCGUCAACUGGUGUCUGGCUGACGGCUAUGACCUAGAGAUCCUGGAUGGGACCAGGGGCACUGUGGAUGGGCCACGGAAUGAAUUGUCCCGGGUGUCCAAAAAGAACAUUUUUCUUCUAUUUAAGAAGCUCUGCUCCUUCCGGUGCCGCAGGGAUCUACUUAGACUCUCCUAUGGUGAGGCCAAGAAGGCUGCCCGUGACUACGAGACAGCCAAGAACUACUUCAAGAAAAGCCUGAAGGACAUGGGUUACGGGAAUUGGAUAAGCAAACCCCAGGAGGAGAAGAAUUUUUACCUCUGCCCAGUAUAGUGGGGCCAGUGGCAGGUGGGAUUGGGGGUUCCCACCGGGCCGAGACAGGUAGGCAGAGCAUUCCUCGUCUCCUCACCUCAUUAGUUGAGGAUGGUUUUCUUUCUUUCUUUCUUUUUUUUAACUGGAACCACAAUUGGUCAUACUGAGAACUUUGGGUUCCUAUUUAUCCCGCUUUCUUUGGGAAUACUAGGCCAGGUCCAACCAGGCCCCCUUCUCUUCCCAAGCAAAGAGGUAGAGACCUAAGGGGAGAAAAAAGGGGUCUUCUUUUCUUUCCAUCCAAAGCGUUAGCAGUCAAUGAGGACCUGCUGCCCAAUUCCUCGGCUGUUUCGGUUUUGCCAUUUCCUUCCCCUUUGUGUUGGCUACACUGACCUCUCGUGGUCUUGCUUAGGUUCCAGUCAAUUGUGUGAAUCAUGUUGGGGCCAGAUGCUUUCAUUUGUGGAUUCUGCAGGCCCCUCUGCUUCCCCGCCUCCCCCCUUGAGAUUCCUUCCUUGUGAUCGUUAAGUUUCUCCUUCUCCUCCAAGAGGGUAAAGAGGUGAACUUAAAAGAAUUUGGUGACACAUGAAUAAGGGCAUGAGUUUAAAACUACAGUCAGUCAACUACUGGUGCCAAGCGUGAUCGGAGUCUGCAGACAGUGCUCAGCCAUCUUCAGAUCUUGCACUUUAGCUAGCUUGGGAGGGGCCAGGGGGCUGGGAGGCUGCGACUCAGGAAGUGCGUCCCUCCCCAGGUGGCAGGGAAGGCCAGGACCAGCCUGACCUGGCUAAGGGAAGUGCCCAAGCAGUAGCGGAGCCUUCCCCUCUGGGGGUGACACAGACCACGUCCUGUGGAGCACAGACAUGCCUUGAAAUGAUGCCAAGCUCCCAGCUGCCCCUCCUAAAGCUUUCCUAGGACUCUAUCCUACCAGUGGGGCACAGCAGGGCUGCAGACCCCAACCAACUGGUAGAAAAAAAUCCAGUGUAAAUCCUAGAGGGCAAAUCAUCUCUGCUCAGAUAAUCAGGACUCAGCGUGAAUAAGGGCAAAUAAUCAUAUUGGGUCAGGUCACUAUUCCCCCCGGUCUGUGUCUCAUGACGGUGACAAGGGAAGUUGACCAAGUCAUGUGUAAAGUAGGAGUUUUUAAAAGAAUGCCAUAAAUGUUGAUUCUGAACUGCUACAGAUAACCUAUAAUUGCACAGAUUUAAAAAUCAGACAAUUUUCCAUCCAUCCGAGUGCUUUUGUUUAGUCAGACAGCUUCAAAAAGUUGUUCGUGGGCAGGUGACAGUCCUGAGGUCUCCCUCCCUGUCAGGGAAUCUUUGUAGGGUUGACAGACAGCAGUAGCUGUAGGUGGAAGGGCAGGUUGUCCUGAAACUUUGUGUGGUGAGACCUUUUGUCUACACCUCAAACUAACAGUGACUCUUGUGGUCAGAGCCUCCGGCCUCUUUUGGAGUCUGGCUCAGGCCUAAGUCACCAGACACUCUUAAGAGAAGUACAAAGGCCCUGCCACCUCCAGACCCGAGCCUGCCUCUAGAUGAUUCCUCUGUCUCCAUCUGUGAACAUGCCGAGUUAGGGUGGAUGAUUUGCAUCCUCCCCAGGCUCCACAAACUACUGACUAGUUAACCUUCUGUCUGUCCCGCAUCUUCUGCAGUAGAUAAAUCCACAUCACACUUCCUGGAACUACUAUUCCCUCUGUACUUUUGACCAAAACGUAACCAAAAUAAGAAAACCCAGAUUUUUAAAAUACACUAAGGAUGUCCUGGCAGAACACACAAGGGUCUCAAGGAACUAGUAGAGAAACAUGCCUGUCUUCUGGGGGAAGGAAUCUGCCCUACCCCAGUCCUGCAGACCUGCUGCAGGCACAUGAAAUCAGUCCUGCCCCAGGAGGCAGCUCGUCUGCCUGGUUCUUCACACUGGAGGGCACCACCUGCUGACUCCCCGGAAUGUCCUGUCCCUCUGGUCCAUUCUGGGCGUUAGGGUCUCCUGCAUAGCUCCGACUCAGCUGCAUCGCCUUCCCAUGGGAGGAGGUCUCCAAAGAUGAGAGCGCAGCUCGCCCCAGGGUUUUGUCUAGCAAGCCUGCAGUGCUUGGCUCCUGCUACAGGAGGGCAGCAAGGCAUUCCUUACCCACGUGCCGGCUGGAAACGAGCCUUUGUCAGGCACUGCACGGCCGCACUUGCCCACGCCCAGUGCCCCUCUACGUCACACAGGAUAGGAGGAGGCAGAGCGCCCACCUAGAGUGUCCUCUUCACUUUUUUGUCCAACCUUUGUUUUUAAUAAGCAGGACCCCCUCUUCUCCCAUCCUUUUUUUUUAAAUGACCUUUGUAGUUGAUUUGUCUGAACUGUGGCUAUUGUGCAUCCUUUGAAUAAUCACUUGUAAAAAUUGUCGCUGCUUGAAGCUAUUUCCUUUACUCAUGUUGAAGGGACUUUCUUGGCUUUGGGGGUCUCAGCAGUGACCCCACCAGAGCAGGGAAGAGCCCAGGCAUAGACUUGGGUGCCGUGAUGGCUGCAGUCAGUUUUAUGAUUCUGCUUUAUGUGUCUCUUGACAACCGUGACUAACAAUAUACAUUCCUCGUAAAUAAAAGAAGAAUCUUAAUUGUUA